AAAGUUUAUGCAAAUUGAAUGAUAUCAGCGUCAGUUACCCAUGCAAUUAAUACCACUUACACAGAGAUAUCUGCUGUUUUCAUUCGAUUGUUGCAAAGAAUUGUUUGUAGGUUGUUCUCAAUAUCACAUGUUUGAUAUGCUACGUAAACUGUCUACAUUUCUUCAUCGUUAAUAAAAGAAAAUAAUAUCGAGUGUCAAUUGAACGUAUAUACUAAAAAAAAAAGACACUAAUUUUACCCAGUAACUUUGUCGUGAUCAACUUGAUCUUCUGAUCUUCUGAAAGGGAUCGCGUGAUCGUUUAUAGAAAAUAUGUUUUCUAACUACAAAGACGUAGCAAUUUCGUACUACUGAAAGCUCGUUGCUGCAUUCUAUACAUUUAAUAAAUAUUUAUAACGUUUAUUAAGAAUCGAGUAACGUUCGAUGGUCUUAACAACAACGCGUGUGCUGUCCUUUCUUAUCGCCCGAAGAAACCGUAUUAUCAACAUGUUUUCAAUUCCCCGUCCCCGCUCCAUUCGGCCCCAUCAGAAUUUUUCCUCCCCUUUCCUAUAAUCAUACACAGUAUUCAUGAGUUUCGUCUUUUACACACAGGGUGUCAUUUAAACCUGUUCUCGGUAUUCGAUGCGUUCGUUGCAACAAUGUUUCUUAUGGGUUUUCGAAUUUGGUAAAAUUUGUACAAAGAAUGACUAAGCAUCUGUUGUGUCAGAGCUGAACGCAAUGAUGCAACAUAGGAACUAGUUUUAGGCUUAUUAUGUGUUAGAAACGAAUAAUUGAAACGAUAAGAUUCUUAUCUGUCGAAAGUUUUUUCUUUUUGAAUUAGAAUAUCUGGAAUAAUUUAAAACUAUCCAAUGGCUGUACCGAUAACGAUCCAAUUUAAUCGACUAGAAACUUCCUAACCACAGUGUACAUUAAAGUUCACGUAUUACAUCGACAAAUUUCCCACUCUUUUAUUCUCGAAUAUAAAGAGAAGGGGGAGGAGAGACUCCUCGCUUUUCUCUGUCUCUCCCUCACGCCCCUUGCCUGCUAAUAAAUAAAAUAUUAACCGAUGGUUAAUGCAAAUACAUUAUUCGAGAACGCGCAAGGAAGCGGAUACAAGUGUUUCCUUUGAAUAAUCGUUUUUCAACAGUGGAUACUUUCUCUGUGUCACGUGUGAUCGUGUUACAACAUUUUGUUAUUUUUCACAUCUUUUCUUUUUCAACAUUAUCUUUGAAAGUUCGCAUUUUUCCCUCUUUUCUUCUUUUGCAAAACAAAACGUUGCAAAGAACCUUUGUGAAGAUUGGUUCACAAGGUAUUGGCUAGCACAUCACUGUGUAAUGUACAUUGCACAUCCUUCGAGGAUUAUUUAAAAAGUGUAAGACUUCCUGAUUCACGGUCAGCACCUAAUUAACAUGGUUCAAUUGCGGCGUCAAAUUUUAAAUUGCGGGAGUUUCUUAAAUCAACUUCAACCUAAUAUUAGAAGGAGUUCAUCUUUACAAAUUAGAGAUAAAAAAGUAAUACAACCAGAACGUUCGUUUAAGUAUGCAGACUUGUCAGUACGUCUUGCAGGACCAGAACAAUUACAACCCAAACCUGAUGUUAAUGCUUUAAAAUUUGGAAAGUAUUUUACAGAUCACAUGUUAAAAAUAUUUUAUUAUGAAGCAUUAGGGGGAUGGCAAGUGCCAGAAAUUACCCCAUUUGAAAAUCUAGUCCUUCAUCCAGCAUCAAAAGUACUUCAUUAUGCUGUAGAGUUAUUUGAAGGUUUGAAAGCUUAUAGAGGAGUAGAUGGAAAAAUAAGAAUGUUCAGACCUGAUUUAAAUAUGGAACGAAUGAAUACUUCAGCAAUAAGAGCUGGCCUACCCACUUUUAUCGGAGAUGAAUUAGUUAAAUGUUGUAGUAGAUUAAUCAGUAUAGAUCAAGAAUGGGUCCCUCAUUCUACUGCUUCUAGUCUAUAUAUACGUCCUACUCUUAUAGGUAUAGAUCCUACGCUUGGAGUGGCAUCAUCAGAGUCUGCUUUAUUAUAUGUCAUUUUAUCUCCUGUGGGUUCCUAUUUCUCAAAAACAGAUGAAGAUGUUGGUGUAUCUUUAUUAGCAGACCCACAAUAUACAAGAGCAUGGCCAGGUGGUUGUGGUAAUUAUAAAGUAGGUAGUAAUUAUGGGCCUACUAUAUAUGUACAAAGGGAAGCAGUAGAGAAAGGUUUACAGCAAGUGCUGUGGCUAUAUGGAAAAGAUAAUGAAGUAACUGAAGUUGGAACAAUGAAUAUUUUCAUGUUCUGCAUAAAUGAUGAUGGAGAAAAAGAAUUAGUGACUCCACCUUUAUCAAAUGGUUUAAUUCUUCCUGGAGUAACAAGGAACUCUAUUUUGGCUUUAGCUAGGGAGUGGAAUCAGUUCAAAGUCAGUGAAAGGAAGUUGUGUAUGGAUGAAAUUUGUCAGUUACUUGCAGAAAAUAGAUUAUUAGAACUAUUUGGAGCAGGAACAGCUUGUAUAAUCUGUCCCAUAUCUUAUAUUGAAUUUAGUGGACGACCAUUGCACAUACCCACAUUAAAACAAUCUAAUCCUGUUCAUAAAAUGAUUCUUAAGCAUUUAAAGGAUAUACAAUAUGGUGUUAUACCCGAUCAUCCAUGGGCAAUACCUAUUGAAUGAAACUAGGAUGAUUCGUUUAUUACAUACUAUCAAAGGAAUUUCCAUACAACUGUUGGUGUUUAUUGCAUUCGAUAUUAGGUAUUAAGAAAAGUCAAUUGUGUGCCAAUUCCAGCGAUAUAUUUCUUAUACUAAUUAUUAUAUGAACAAUAUGGACUUUUAUUUAUUUAUAUUCGCGGAUGAUUCCUUCAAAUAAUAUACAAGAAGUGAGUGCACAUUUGAGACAAAACUCAGGGAUCAACUGUUUAUCACCAAUGGAAAAGUAAUUGUUAAAUUUUGUUGUUAAUUUUAGAUGUCAAUUUGACAAUUUAUGUAUAAGUAUAUAAGUAUGUGUCUGUGUGUGUGUGUAUGUAAAUAUGGAUAAGUGUAAUGUAUUGAACAGUUUGUACUUAGUAAGAAAUAUGUACUUUAUUUCAUUGUACAAAUCAUUUGACGAAAGAAUAUGAUUCCAUGAAUCAGAGCAAAUGUUAAAGAAAGAAAUGAGAAGAGUGUAAAGACCAAUUUUAUUAUCUGAAAUCGAAACAGAAAUAAAAAAGAUUGUCCAAAGAACUUUCAAAAUGAAUUUCAUUUUUUUUUAUUGCUUUUUAAUAACAAAAAGAAUCGAAUUAAAUAUACGCAGUAUGUAGUACACUGAUAAUCAACAAUACUUGCAAUAAGUAGGUCAAUAAAUAUCAAUAAGUCAAAAUGAAAAUAAAUAGUUCAAACUUCUUGUUUAUGUUUAAACUGUACCAACCUUUCUUACCUUUUAUAACCAUGAUUGUGUUUAUACUUAGAUGUUCAAGUAGAUGAUGCAUGUUGGAUUUAAAAAUUCUUAUGCGGUUUGUAGAGGGCUCCCUAUUUCAAUUGAAUUUUUGUAUAAUAUAAUAGUUAUCUAUUUUAUUAU